CCACCCUUCCAUACCGUAUUCCCCUUCCUCUCUCGCACGUCUUCUUCCUCGCCAAUCCCAUCCCCCCUCCAUCUCAAAAAAUCCAACGCCCCCUCGAAAAAUCACAACUCCCGCAGAAGAGAAGAACCCAGAGGACGACGGGCAUGGCGGGUCCUCGCCAGAGCCCCGCAAACGGCGGCAAGCGCCCAGCGGAUUCCACCCUUUUGCCGUCUGCCUCUCCCUCUAAGAGGCGAACGGGGACGGAGUCGCGGGAGAAGGGCACCAACUCGAGGCCCUCGGAGUCGCGGACGGAGUCGAGGGAGAGGGGCACCAGCUCGGGGCCCUUGGGGAUGCGGUCGGAGUCGAGGGAGAGGGGCACCAACACGCGCCCCUUGGAGAUGCGGUCGGAGGCGAGGAUGGCGCGGCCGCGCAUGCCGCCGACAUUUGGGAUACGAGUGCAGCUUUCUCAGGAUUCUUACCUUCAAAUUGCUGCAACUGUCAGGGAGAUUGAGGAGAACACUGUCAGGAAUUGUGAUGAACAAGAAUUGAACAAAGGUUUCUUGAAUGGUAUACCACAACAGUUCGAGGAUGUGGCGCAGAUGGUGCAAAACGGACAGGGAGCGCCACAGAGGGCAGCUAAUAUGCAGUCUCCGAUUGUCAAACUUUCCAUCCAGCCGGUGACUGAGGAGUCUACAAAACCAACUGACAGCGACUGCGGGAAGCAUAAAACUCAACAAGCUGAGGGCCAUCCCAAGGCUGCUAGUAGUCGACCAAGUCACCCAGGAAGGAGGAACAGUGCUUUGAACAUGAAUGAUGGCAGAGAUCUCGAUGAGCAGGAAUGGAUGAUGUCCUUGCACCCUCCAGGAAGAGCAGUCUCAAUACAGCCAGAAUCUUCCAGUCCUGAAAAUUGGCUCCACCUGCCUCCACUUGUGGUAUGGCAAGUAUGGAGAUCGCUAUCUACCGACUCAGAUCGUGUGAAGAUGAGAUUAGUGUCGACUGAAUGGUUAAGUGAGCUGCCAAAGGUGUUGGCACCACGGCCCUGGAUAAUGGGCAGCAACAUGGUGGAAGGCACAUUUCACAGCAUCAAGGGAAAUAGACUACAGGAGUUAAAGUUGAAAACCAAGAUACCUGAUGGCAGUUUCUGUGGAUCCACUGGUGACUUCCUUAUAUCGGAAUCACCUCUCGGCUGCUCUCUCUGGAAUCCAAGUGACGGAAGGGUCUUGCCAUUACCCUUGAAGAGCUAUUUGAAGAUUGCUAUGACAGCAGCAUCUCAUUCACCAGCAUUUGCUUAUUCGCCAGGAAAGGUCAUCUUGUCUUUCGGGAGGCCUGCAAGUGAACAUAGUUGGAAAAGUAUUGUAUGCUCUGACACAAGUAUACGAGACAUUUGCCAAUGUGGCAAUGAGUUUUAUGCAGUGAAUGGUAUGUUCAAGCUGUACAAGCUUGAUCAGAAAAGUGCAAAGCUGCUGAUGAUCGGACCACAACAAAGAUCAGAUGAGAUCAGGAAACUUCUGCCAAAUGAAAGAAAUCCUGAUCAUAUUCUUCUUGCAGAGCUAAACAGUGAGCUACUAAUCAUUGCAUUGGGUAGAAAUCUACAGUAUGUUCAAGUCUUCAGGGUUGAACAGACAGAUGAGCGAACAAGGUUGGUUACCAUUGACGAGCUUGGUGGCUGGGCCAUAUUUCUGGGGAAAAAUCAAUCCAUUACAUUGAAUUCUGGGGACUAUCCAGGAAUCAAUAGGAAUAGCCUGUAUAUUGCUCUUGAGCCGAUGAUGGAUGAUGCCCCUCAAACUGUACAAGUCUACUGUCUGAAGACAAAAACGGUGACUCAUGCUCAUUAUCCCAGCGAACUCGGCACUCCAUUCUUCUUUCACCCAGGAGGUGUAUCUACCUAUGAGUGACUGAAGUAACCUUCCUUUGUCUUUUUGGAGAUCCGAUGGUCCUGCUUGUGGUGGCAGUUCAUGUGUGCGUAAUCAGUGACCUGGACUGCGAUGAGAGAAGAGGCUGUGAAGAAGCAAUGCCCCCUGGCAACCACUUGGGACGGGUAAACUUUGUGCUUGGUUUGGCUUGGCUUUUAGGAGUAGGAAAUGGAUGGUCAUAGCGGUGCUCCAUCUGAUGUGGCACGAUUCAGUCAGGUCACACGGCUUCCCGGGUAAUGAGACAUAAGGCAAACCCAAUUCGCUACGCUCUUUCCCAUGAUGGGAUUCUCUGAAUUUUGGCACUUGUUCCUUUCCAUCUCUAGUUUAGAGUGCGAUACUAUACUGUAGUACUAGGUUGUUCAGUCUUACUGUGAAGAUGGAUCAUAGAUGUGAAUUACUGGUCAGAUAGAAAAUGCAUAGGAACUGUGUACAGAAGCUGAAGGGAACAAACUCCCUCAGAAUGUAUGAAAGUGGUCAAGUGGAUAGAUAUACAGAUGGAAUUCUUAUCUGUUGAAAAGAGAAGGUGUUCUUAUCUGUUAAUACUAACUGCAUUUUCGUUUUA